AUGCAGGACUUGGACGCCGGCUCUUUCGGAUCGCAGUGGUUCUCGUUUAGCAUUAAAAGUCUGUAUACUAGUUCACCGAUAUGCUAUACGAGGCGACGAAUAGCAGCAUUCUGUAGCCAAACUAAAGAAUUCAUCCACCAUGUCCUCACACCGGAUGCUUCCGAUAUUAGUCAACUACCUGGCAGUGACAACUACAUAAUUUCCAACUUCGAGCCUAUUGGGAAGCCUGUCUCCGCUGUAUACAGUCCUGCGCAGAGGGAAUUACUUCUCCAGCAACUCAACUAUGUCGACAUGGCUCUGCUGGAGCAGCAGGUCCUGACAAGCAGGAAAGUACAUUCUGUGGAGGAAUAUCUCGAGCGUAGGAUGGGCUCGAGUGCUAAUGGCGUUGUGCUUGCUUUGAUUGAGAUGACCGACGACCUCCAUUCCGCCAGAAGGAGCUUUAUAGCAUUCCUGUCUAGUAAACUCGGACAAGUCGACACGAUUCUUUCUCUGCUGUACCUCCAACACGGCUCUCUACAGAAAGGAGUUGACCAGGCCUUCGAGAUGAUCCGCUCCGCCGUUGCCGAAUUCAAUGUCCUAUCCAAACAAUUCCUCGCCACCUACUUGAAUGACGUCGAACUGCAUGCGAUGCUGCAGAAGUACAUUGCUGAGUUGCACACGAAGCGAUACCAUGUUGGCAGUGAGUAUGUCGGCGGAGAUAAAAAGCCAAAGGACACAGGAGCAAUUCCAGGUCCUCUUAAGACAUUCUCGACUGGCAUUUUGAUUGAGCCUUGUGCAACGUGCACAGUAUCAUGGGCCGCUGGUCAAACUGCAGUGAGUACUCGUCUUCCAGAGGGCAUGCAGCGAAUCAGCUAUGACGCAGACACGCAGGUGUACACUUAUCAGGAUGCCGACGGCACACUGUGGGAGGGGGCACCGGGGGCGCGAUACGGGGUGUUGAAAAGGGUCCAAACAUUACCAACCCUCCCAGAAGAAGUCAAUCCUCCUUCUCCUUCUCCCUCCUCACUGUCCACCAACACAUCAGGGCAAUUCAAGCACUUUGACCAGUUUGACAUAUGCCAGUGCCAAUGCCAGAAUGAAAAGAAGCCCUUAUCUACCUCGACCGGAAAUACUGCUGCUGUUACCAGCGACAGAAAGAAACACCAUGAACGUGAAGGUGGACGUGGACGCGGACGAGGACGCUUUUUCGCUGUUCUUUUUCUUCAGCGGGCGAGGUCGACUUCUACUGCUACUGCUAGUACAGCCACGACAGCUACUACCGCUACUUCUACUUCGAUAGCUACUACUACUGCGACUAAUGGCAGUGAUAAUACUCUUCUGUCCAGUCCAGUCUGGUGA